UCACGGUAACAAGCUAGACUUUACACGCCACCGAAUCGCCAUGCCUUGUUAGAGCACACACAAUACCAGAGCAAUAACAGAGCAGGACACACAAGGACCAUUCGCUGGACUCUUGAAGCAUUCGCCAUUCGUAUCACACCACUGAAGACAGUGACAUCAUAACGUAAUAAGGAUACUUUUUAAAAGACAGAUUAACACACAGUAAUGAUGCUCACAAUACUAAGACAGGAAGUCGGCACCCGCCUUCGGCCUUAUGGUUACACGUACCUUGUUAUAGUUGCUCUGGUGGCAGUGACGUCAGCACAGACCUCAUUGGACAGUACACCGGGUUCGCUAGAACUCGACAUAGAAAUCUUCCGGAAUUUGUGGAAUUCAUAUGUAUUGCCUAAACUUGAAAUGGACUUAAACAAAAAAGUAUCUGAUAGUGACAUGUCGGAGUCGUAUGGUUACCUAGCAGAUCAUCCAAUUGACCAGAGUAGCGCUAAUCGACUAAAAAGAAAAAGCUUUAUGGGAAUGGACAACAUGGACAGAAUGUUUGCCUCUCUGAACUCUAAACCCCGCUUCAUGUCCAUGGAUAACAGUUUUGGAAAUCUCCAGAACCUUCUUCUAAAAGCCGGUCGCAAACGACGCUAGAUGCAAACAUCAAUGACACCGCUUUCAAUACAUAUUCAGAUGUGGCAAAAUGAAACUUUCAGUUGCAAUUUAAUUUACUGUUCGUCCAAACAUUAUGUACAUUAUUUUAAGUACUUAGCGCAAGACACAUACAGUAGUAAGAAUUACGUCAGUCGUGCGCUUAAUCCUCAAUUUGAUGUAACAAUCAUACGACUGCUUAAAAACAUGUAAUUAUUUUUACAAAAUGAAUUCACGAAUUUACUUAAUUGCUGACAGCAAUGUUAGUACAUGUGUGUUUUCUACCAAGACAAUAAUAAAUUGUCUUAAAAGAUUGAAAUGUUUUCUGCGAAGAAAGGGUUGACUUAAACUUCAGUUAUCGUUUAAUGAUUUCCGAUGUUAGUGAGCGACUUUUUACGCAUUUGAUUUGAAAUUGCCCGUUAAUGAAAAUAAGGCCAACCCAGGCACCUUUCAAGGGCUAAACGCACUAAGACAAGACAACAUAAUUAAACAGGCACUCUACAAGAACAUAACGCAUCUAGUCAUUACAAUCGAACAGGAACACAACGCUACCAGACAAUACACUCAAACAGCAAGACACAAUGGACGUGAUAUUUAGUGUCUUUGAGCGACCCGGUAACAGCCAGGGUCUAUAAGCGAACUGUCGACGUCGCUAGAUGAUAGUAGCCACCACAAUCUGAUGACAAACGCCUUUGAUUGUGCACUGCCUACUGACACCAACAUAUUCGAAAUUGCUUUUGCAAAUAGACGUUUCAUUUACACAUUUAGUAUUAAAUAAUUAGUUGGAUGAAACUUUUGUCAUAUUUCCACAGAAUGUAAUAAUAAUUGCAAUAUGUAUUCCCUCAAUUUGUAAUUGUCUGCAAAAAUUAGUCAAAAACAAAUGGACAACAAUACAGUUUAAGGAAUCGUGGCUGUAUUUUUUUUAUAAUUAUGUCAAUGAGAGAAGUCUCAUUACUUAAAAUUGAAUGGUAUCCGAAAUGAAACAGGACUUACGUAGACAUGAUUUGUUACGAGUUGAACAAACUUGAUAAACGAUAUAUUGAGCCAACUCGAUUUUCUGAAACACAGGAGACAAUCAAACUUUCAAAGAAAUCAAAAAAAGACUUCUAUUGCGAAUUAAGGGUAGUAACCCAUGACUUUUUCGUAUAUGUUUAAUGCAAAAUAUUAAUAAUAUAAACGGCAGUAUUCGAGACAUAAAAUCCACAACAUUGCUACAAUAACAAAUUGAUACAAUGGUAUCCAUUUUACACGCAUUUAUUCGGUACAGCAUUCUCGAGAGCAAAGAGCGUAACGAUUACUACGCAUCGUGUUAUAUAUAAUAUAAUAAAAAUGCUGAUAAUAUAAGUGCACCAUUGCUUGAAACAGGAGGACAAACUUAAAUAGGAAUUAAUCAAACAACAGAAACUUGUAUCAAGUCAAAACCCAUAAUUUAUGGUUAAAAUGAGAUAUUUCCUGUUGUCGACUCAUAAAGCAUU